AACUAGAGCGCGGGGGCGGGGUGGGGCGGGGCUUCGGAGAUAGAGCCACGCCCACCUUCGGCCCCGCUCCUUCUGGGUUCGAGUCGGCCACCGUCAGCCCACAGCCGCCAUUUCCUGUCCGGACGGUGGCGCGGUCAGGGAUUCUGGUUCACAAUGGCUGACUAUCAAGAGGAAGACUUGCAGAAAUUUCUUAAAAAUGUGGAUGAAAUCACCAGUUUAAUUCAGGAGAUGAAUUCUGAUGAUCCAGUCGUACGAGAGAAAGCGGUCCUUGAGACAGAAAAGAGACUACAGUUUACAGAGGGGGACCAAGAGGAGGACAAGUGCAGGACCACCGUGAACAAGACGAUGAUCAGUCCCCCACAAGCUCCCAUGAAGGAUGCAGAUGAAAUAAACACAGAAGCCUUCUUGGCAUCUCUGGAGAAGGAUGCUAAAGAACGUGCCAUAAGAAGAAGGGAAAACAAAGUCUUAGCAGAUGCCCUAAAGGAAAAGGGGAAUGAAGCAUUUGUCAGAGGUGAUUACGAAACGGCCAUCCUGUGCUACAGUGAGGGUUUGGAGAAGCUGAAGGACAUGAAGGUGCUGUACACCAACCGAGCUCAGGCUUAUAUCAAACUUGGGGACUACCGGAAGGCACUGGUGGAUUGUGACUGGGCUCUGAAGUGUGAUGAAAAAUGCACAAAAGCGUAUUUCCACAUGGGAAAAGCCCACCUAGCCCUAAAGAACUACAGUGUGUCUAGAGAGUGUUAUCAGAAGAUCUUAGAAAUAAACCCCCAGCUGCAGACACAGGUAAAAGAGUACCUGAAUCAGGUAGAUCUUCGAGAGAAAGCAGACAUUCAAGAGAAGGAAGCCCAGGAGUCACUGGACUCAGGAAAGAACUCGGCCGUGACGACCAAGAAUCUUCUGGAGACUCUUUCCAAGCCUGAUCAGAUCCCUUUGUUCUACGCAGGGGGGAUUGAAAUCCUGACUGAGAUGAUGAAGGAUUGCACAGAACGAACUUUAUUCAGAACAAACAAUGGAUUCAGUAUCAUCAAUGAGAAUGAGGUCAUAAGAAGGUGCUUUUCUACAGCGGGAAAAGAUGCCGUGGAAGAGACGGUGUGCUUAUCUGUUCUCAGACUCUGGCAGGCAGUGUGCAGCGAGAACGAGGAGAACCAGCGCCUGCUUGUGCUGCGUCCGGACACAGGCCCGCUUCUGCCCUCCCUGCUGGCCUCCAGGGUCCCGGCCAUCCAGCAGCAGAGCCUGGCCCUGCUGCUGCAGCUCGCCCAGACGGAGAACGGACGGAACCUGAUCAUCGGCCACCUUGACCUGAUCCGGUUGUUGGAAGCUCUGGUGUCAUUCCUUGACUUCUCAGAUAAAAAGGCCAACUCAGCCAUGGGACUACUCACAGACUUGGCUCUGCAAGAAAGAUUUCAAGUCUGGUUCCAGACCAGCCUUCCAGACGUCCUUCCGGUGCUGACGGGCGUGCUGAAGAGAGAUCCCAAGGUCACCAACAUAUCAGCUCUCUGCCAGUGUCUUGCCAUCAUGGGGAACUUCAGCGCUGAGGCCACUGCCCAAAGACAGAUGGCUGCCUCCGAAGACUUCGGGGCUGCCUGCUUGGGCCUCAUGGCCAAGUGUGAGGAGGAUGCGGACCUGUUCAGAGAUGUCAUGUAUGCCCUCCUGGGACUCGUGAUGAACUUGUGUCUUCAGUCCCCCUUUGUCUCCGAGGUUUGGGCCAUGGAGGUGAGCAAGAAAUGCCUGUCUCUGCUGAACAGCCAGGAUGGAGGAAUCCUCACAAGAGCUGCUGGCGUCCUCAGCCGUACCCUUUCUUCCUCUCUGAAAAUUGUUGAGGAGGCCCUCAGAGCAGGAGUGGUGAAGAAGAUGAUUAAAUUCCUGAAGGCAGGAGGCCAGACUGCGUCACGUUAUGCAGUCAAGAUACUUGCCAUCUGCACAAACAGUUAUCAGGAAGCACGAGAAGAAGUGGUAAGACUGGAUAAAAAGCUCGGGAUUCUGAUGCAGCUGCUGGACUCGGAGGAUGAGAUCGUGGUGGGCAAUGCCGCCCUCUGCCUGGGGAACUGCAUGGAGGUGCCGCGCACGGCCUCGUCCCUGCUGUCCACGGACAUCGUGCCCGUCUUGCUGAAGCUGGCAGGCAGCGAUGCCCAGCAGACAGCCGUGCAGCUGAACGCGGGCAUCGCCCUGGGGAAGCUGUGCACGGCGGAGCCCAGGUUUGCUGCUCUGCUGAGAGAGCUUCACGGGAUGGAAAUUCUCAACUCUAUGAUGAAGUACGUGGAGAGUUCUUGAGAGACGAGGCGUCCGUGCGGGUUUUGCCUAUGACCGUUCACUCUGGUUGUUCCUGUGCUAAUAAAGCCUUUUUGAAUAU